GGUGGGCGUGGCCACAGCCCUUCAGCCUCGGUACCAGGCUGAGUGAAGCAGUGGAGCAGUGGAGCAGCUGCGGACCAGAUCACGCCGAGCAGACAGUCGGUCUGUUGAGAUGGGGGAUAAAACUGGGACCAGAGUCUUUAAGAAGUCCAGCCCCAACUGCAAGCUUACAGUUUAUCUGGGGAAGCGUGACUUUGUGGAUCACUCAGAUCAAGUCGAUCCCGUUGAUGGAGUGCUCCUUGUAGACCCGGAAUAUCUGAAAGAUAGAAAAGUCUUUGUGACGCUGACCUGCGCAUUCCGUUAUGGACGCGAGGACCUGGAUGUGCUGGGCCUGUCCUUCCGUAAGGAUCUUUACGUGAGCACCUUCCAGGCCUUCCCGCCGCUGCUGGAGAAUAAGAAGCCACUCACCUACCUGCAAGAGAGGCUGCUGAAGAAGCUGGGCCAACAUGCUCACCCCUUCAACUUCACGAUUCCUCAGAACCUGCCUUGCUCAGUGACCCUCCAGCCUGGGCCCGAGGACACUGGGAAGGCGUGUGGAGUGGAUUAUGAGCUUCAAGCCUUCUGUGCCAAGACGGUCGACGAGAAGCUCCACCAAAGGAAUUCGGUGCGUCUUGUGAUCCGGAAGGUUCAGUACGCUCCAGAGAAACAAGGCCCACAGCCCAUGGCUGAGAUGAGUCGCAGCUUCUUGAUGUCUGAUCGAUCACUAAACCUGGAGGUCUCGCUGGACAAGGAGCUGUACUACCAUGGUGAGCCCAUCAAUGUGAACGUCCACGUCACCAACAACUCCACUAAGACAGUGAAGAGGCUGAAGAUUUCAGUGCGUCAGUACGCUGAUAUCUGUCUGUUCUCCACGGCCCAGUACAAGUGCCCAGUCGCAGUGGUGGAGGCUGAUGACCAAGUCUCUCCCAGCUCCACCUUCUGCCAUGUCUACACACUGACACCAGUGCUGGGCACCAACAGGGAGAAGAGAGGCUUGGCUCUGGAUGGGAAGCUGAAACAUGAAGACACCAACCUGGCUUCCAGCACCAUAAUUAAGGAUGGAUCAAGCAAGGAGAUGAUGGGCAUCAUGGUUUCCUACAAAAUAAAAGUCAAGCUGGUGGUGUCACGCGGAGGGGAUGUUGCAGUCGAGCUACCAUUUAUCCUGAUGCAUCCAAAGCCAAUUGAGCCGCCCACCCCCACUCCCCCGACAGAGGUCGAUGCUGCUGUGGAUACGAAUCUCAUUGAGUUUGAAAUGAACUCUUCUUCUCAGGUCGACGACUUUGUCUUUGAAGACUUUGCUCGCCUGCGUCUGACUGGACCCAAGGUGGAUGACGACCCAUUCCCUUAGCCGAGUCCCCAUGGUAACCAGUCAAGCCGUGACGUAGUUGUAACACACGAACUGUCAAAGAGGUCAAUUACCGGAGGAGCUCAACAACCCCAUUGCUGUUUUGUCUUGUGGAAUGUAUUCAUUGGCAGUCAAGAUUGGUCGUCACUGUCACGUGGUGAAGGUUCUUGACACUGGUGAAGUGAAUGUGUGGCUUUGAUUUGGCAACAAUAGGAAAGUUUUAUAGAGACUUUAUAUUGCAAAAUAGGCCUGUCACUGUAAAAAGGUGUUUCAGUGUUGUCAAUAUUUGUAUGUAAUCUAACAUUUACCAAAAAAAAAAUCAUAUUUGUUUGUCUCAUGCCUGUAAAGCAUUGUACCAUUAAAUGUGUCAAGUGUGAAACAAUCCACCCUUUCAGUGACAGUUGAAGUCGGCUGAAUGCUCUGGUGUGUCUUAGGUUUAGCAAAUAACCAUCCAAGUGUUCCAGACCAACAGAGUGACCAGUGAAUGGGCAUGCCAUGUAAAUGAUGAUCUACCCUCAAGUAUUCUGGACCUGUUAUUGGCAGUGGAAGGGGUCAGCGUGACCAUCUGGUCUGCGCUGUGCAGGCUCACCAUCUUCGGUUGGGACCACUUAUGCCUGUGGCCCCUGCAUGAGUCGGGGUGUGCUAGAUGCUCACAAGCCCCUUGCUGGUUGACCACUUCCCUACAGCGGACCACUUGGGAAAGGUACUGGCCACUGCUGACACCACAAGUGUUAUGGCUCAUCAGUACAUAUGUUUGGUCCUCAUCAGUAUUCAGUACUUCUGCCGCAAAAAAAAAAAAUGUGCCUUGUGAAAACUUGUUUGAAGCUUCAGCUAUACUUUUCCAAAAAUUGCCAUUUUCUUGCCAUUUUAUGACCAUUGUGGCUGUUAUUCCGGUCGUGGCCUCACACUGGAGCACUCACAAGUUUAACUGUCCUUUGCUUUAUUUACUUUUACGUUUGUUGACUUGACAUUCCCACCUUGCACUCUGAUUCCUAUAAACUGUUACCAUGAAUUUUACACGAUCUCAACUGUAACGUGUUAAAUCGCACUCCUGAAUGACCCGUUUUCCCACUGGCCCAGUUACAGUAACAAAGGGAAGAUUUCCUUUGAUUUUUUCCAAAAAAAAACCCUUUGAAUUAUCUGCAAAAUUGAGGCAAUUUUGUUGAAAUUAUAGAAAAUCAAUGCCAAUACAAUGUACAUUUUUUGAUGGCUGACUUUGAUGGCAAAUCAGAUGCUAGGAUCUCACUGUUGUUGUCACGUUUGCACAAGUGUAUGUUUGUCAAGUGUAAAAUACGUUCAGAAUAUGCAUGACAGUUCUGUUGGAGAAAGAAGAGUUUAACACUGAAAAUACCAUUUUACUCAGAGCGUUAUCCAAAAUGAUGAUGUAUUAAAUUAAUCAAAUU